AUGAAAUCCAGCGGCCUCUUCCCCUUGGCCGUCAUCCUCGCCCUGGGGACCCUCCAGGUAUCCUGGGCUCAAACAGUAAACCCGAAACCGGGAAGCUGCCCUCCCGACAACAUUCGCUGCAUCCAAGCUGAGCCGGACCAGUGCAAGGGGGACCAAGAAUGUGCCGGGAUGCAGAAAUGCUGCUACGCUCGCUGUGGCCUAAAGUGCAAGGAUCCUCAGGGAACCACCGACUCUCACAAAGUCAAGGCCGGGCAGGAUCCUAGGGUCACGGUUUGGCCGGGCAUCAGAGGGACGAAGAAAGGCCAGGACAAAGUAAAACCAAAACCGGGAAGCUGCCCUCCCGACAACAUUCGCUGCAUCCAAGCUGAGCCGGACCAGUGCAAGGGGGACCAGGAAUGUGCCGGGAUGCAGAAAUGCUGCUACGCUCGCUGUGGCCUAAAGUGCAAGGAUCCUCAGGGAACCACCGACUCUCACAAAGUCAAGGCCGGGCAGGAUCCUAGGGUCACGGUUUGGCCGGGCAUCAGAGGGACGAAGAAAGGCCAGGACCAAGGUGUGGUGAAAGAGGGGAGCUGUCCGGUGGUGAACAUAAGAUGCGCCAUGCUCAACCCUCCGGACCGCUGCCGGAACGAUUACGACUGUGGAAAAGACGAGAAAUGCUGCGAGGGAGCCUGCGGGAAGGCCUGUGUCAGGAUAGAAAGAACCUGUUCCCCCGGCCGCCCGCCCGCAGGUGUGGUGCAAGAGGGGAGGUGUCCGGUGGUGAACAUAAGAUGCGCCAUGCUCAACCCUCCGGACCGCUGCCGAAACGAUUACGACUGUGGAAAAGAUGAGAAAUGCUGCGAGGGAGCCUGCGGGAAGGCCUGUGUCAGGAUAGAAAGAAGUAAGAAGUUGGGCGAACCGGCAGAUCCCCCCCCCGCGCCCCGGGGACCGGUGGUACCUUCCGACCCGCCGGUGGGGGGGGUUCUUUUAUAUUGGUUUCCUCAUUUUGUCCAGCACCCCUACAAACGUAGGCCCCCACCCACUCGGUCGCUGCAGGUGCUGCCAUCUCUCCCCAUGGCUGCGCUAUGCUGCCACAUGCUGCUCUUGACCCCUGAGUCGGCCUUGAAAUUAAAGAGCAAGGACAGGCUGUCAGACAGCCAGCUUUUGGAUCCUGGCCAGUCUCCUAGCAUAGAACUGGCGGGCCCAGACACGCAACAACUCUGGAAUGGCACCAUGGCGUCCAGCGGGCUCUUCCCCUUGGCCGUCAUCCUCGUUCUGGGGACCCUUCAGGUGUUCUGGGCUCAAGUGGGAAGCCAGAGGCCAGGAAGCUGCCCUCUCAACCACGGUCUGUGCUACAGACCCACGCAGAACCAAUGCGAGACCGACCAGGAAUGUUCAAGAGGGAGGAAAUGCUGCAUCUUUCACUGUGGUCGGAAGUGUGUGAUGCCUCGGCUAAGUGUGGUGCAAGAGGGGAGCUGUCCGGUGGUGAACAUAAGAUGCGCCAUGCUCAACCCUCCGGACCGCUGCCGGAACGAUUACGACUGUGGAAAACGCCAGAAAUGCUGCGAGGGAGCCUGCGGGAAGGCCUGUGUCAGGAUAGAAAGAAAUUGAGCGGUUGCGGUUGAGAUGUCCCCAGGUUUAAGGCCCAAUUGGACGCCUGCCCGGCUCCAGGACCACCCCUCUCUGUGACUUUCGAGGGGUCUGCCCUUGCCCCUCCUGCCGCUGCUGUAGUAACUACCCCCUCUCACUGCAACCAAUAAACAAACCCCAUCUCCCCCCUGCCCCAGCA